AUGUUCUUUUUUUCUCUCUGGUAUCUUUCUAUCUUUCUUCUUUUGGUCUCUUUCUACUCUCUAUCUCAUCUUUUUAGCACUAGUUUCUUUUGCUUCUUCAUUAUCUCACACUACUGUGACAUCUUUUCUACAUUCAUCCUUUCUUCUCUUUUUAGCCCACAUAUUUUUUUUUCUCUCCCACGGGCCGCCAUUCGCGAUUCUAGGGCACUUGCGGACGCAAAUGUCCAGUACGAAACUGUCGGUCCACCCCGCUUUUACCCCUGGGUUACCUUUCUCUAUGGAUGUCCAUUUCUCACCCGGGUAUUCUUCCCCCUUCGGGUCUCCUUUCUCUCUCUUAUAAAUUGGCCACCGCUUGGAUCAAGCGGUGGCCCAUCUAGAUACAGACCAGGCCCAAUCCUUCCUUCUUUCUUUCUUUCUCUCUUUCUUUCUUUCCUUCUUUCUUUCUUUCUCUCUUUCUUUCUCUCUUUCUUUCUUUCUUUCUUUCUUUCUUUUCCUGUCAUAACUUCUUACGUUUUCUCUGCUGUAGUUUUUCUUUCUAUCACUAUUUCGUGGUGUUCUUUUAUACCAGGUGUUCAAAAGGAUCUAUUAGACCUCUCUUAUUUAUUCCUUUAUAUCUAUAUCUUGUUCUUUCUCUUUUCUUCCAUUUUUCCCUCCCCCCCCUCCCUCUUGUUAUCUGUUUCACCUUCUUUUGCCACUGUGUCUGUUUUUUAUCCCGUUAUUUCACUUCUCCAAUGUCUUUCUUUCCUAUUUUUACGUUCUCUUUCUUUCAUGUCUCACCCACCCUUAUUUUUUUCUAAUCUUUUAUUUUCUUCUAUUAUUCUCUCUCUCUCUCUCUCUCUAUCUAUCUAUCUAUCUAUCUAUCUAUCUAUCUAUCUAUCUAUCUAUCUAUCUCUCCAAGUUUUUUCGUUCUAUCACUAUUUCGUGGUGUUCUUUUAUUUCCUCUUUCGUAUUUUUCUAUUUUCCGUUUUACUUUCCUUUCUUUCUUUCUUUCUUUCUUUCCUUCUUUCUUUCUUUAUUUCUUUAUUUAUUUAUUUAAGAUCUUUUUCUUUUUUUUCUUUUUUUCUUUCUUCCUUGUCUUUGUCUUGCUGGCACAUUUUUUGUACUUUUAUUCUUUGUUUCUUUUUCUUAUUUUUUUCUUUCGUUUUAUUUUUCAGUUUUACUCUGUUUCUUAUUAUCCUUCAGACUUAUUUAUUCUCUUCUUUCGUUCCAACGUGUCUAGGCUUUUUUUUCUCAAUCUUUAUAUUAUUCUUCGUUUUAACCGUCAUAUUAUUUCUUUUGAUUUUCUGUUUAUAUCUUGACAACGCCAUCCUCAAUUUCCAAUUCCUAUUUGUUCAUUUAUCUUUUUCUAUCACAUUUUAUCUCAUUUCUUUCUUCCGUUCACAUUUUGUCUCUUUGUUUAUCUAUUUCGCUGUUUAA